CACAGUUAUAUUUCGUUCAACUGUGCUGCCAGAAAUGUUGAAGAUAUCAGUUGACCAUCUUUCCCAAAGUGUAACUGUAGAGAUCCCCAUGACACUGACAGGAAGAACGCUUUUUGGACUGUUUCUCGUCAUACCAGGUCUUCUGUCUGUGAACGUGGUGAGUUUCACCUGUGCAGAGUUGACUAUCUGUGCAUUACAGGGAGCAACUGUGAAAGUAAGAUGCCUCCAUCCACCAAAUUCCAAAAGUGAAUACCAAAACCUCUACUGGUUUAAAAAGACCCAGAUGUGGAAAUGGAGGAACAAGACUAUACCUGAGGACCUCUCUACAGACCCAGAAUAUAAAGGUCGUUUGACGUUUGGUGGCAGAUCUUUUCUUGAAAUAAGAGAUCUUAGAAAGAGUGAUGAGGGUGUCUAUCGCUUUAGAUUUAAGGCAGAGUCCUCUGGAUGGAUAAAUAGUGCACCUGGAAUCAAGUUGAUUGUCACAAACCUGCAGAUAAAGAAGGAUUUUGUGACAAAUGGACUGGGGGUGAAACUGACCUGUACCACUACCUGCACUCUGAGUGAUAACACCAUCUACGUCUGGUACAAGAACAGUAACAUUACUUUACUCACCAACACCAGCUUGUUCCUCAAACCAGUCAAAGGUAUGAAUGCAGGCAGCUACUCCUGUGCUAUAAAGGGCUAUGAGGAUCUCCGUGCUCCUGCAGUGUGUCUCCAAAGAAACUGCUUGGAUGUGAGUUACACCCCCAAGACAAUAUGUGGCUUCCCUGGGUCAUAUGUAAACCUUUCUUGCACUUACACAUUCCCCAGAAGUCUCAAUAUCACAAAGACACUUUGGGUGAAUAAUACAGAUCUCAAAAUGGAGCCUGAAGAUCUGACUCGGUACCCGGAGUAUGUGGGUCGUGUGGUAUAUCGUGGGAACGGUAAUGACUGCACCCUGAGAAUCACAGAUUUGAGAAAGAGCGACACGUCCAAGUACAGGUUCCUGUUUAAAACGCAAGAGACAUACUUCAAUUCGCCAGCGGUCUCCCUGUCUGUCACAGACUUAUAUGUGCAUGUAUAUCCUGCCGUCGUGGACCAAGGAGCCUCUGUGUCGAUCUGGUGCCAUACCCAAUGCGGUCUUCCGCAAGGCUUUGGGGGCUUCAUCUUGUACAAAGACGGACAACGCAUACCCAGCCCAAAUGGUGAAGAAGGUUACAUAACGCUCCACACAGUCAGCAGUGAGGAUGCAGGUAGCUACUCCUGUGCACUGAUUGGUCAGGAUGAGUUACCCUCCCUGGAAGCUACACUCACCGUCACUAAAGGACCAGUGUCUGUGUUAAUUGUUGUUCUGGGGGUGGUGGCUCUCCUGACUGUCGCAGCUCUUCUGGUCUUUACCUUCAGCACACUGAAAAGGAGAAACAUGGGAGGACAUGAUAUUAGAAUGAACGUCCAAACUGUCAAUAAUGAUGGCGCUCAUCUAGAUGUCAGUAGGAGGGAGAGCUCCCCCGACUAUGAAAACUUUGAACAUAUCUAUGCGGACCCAGAUGAGUUUGAUGACACGUACACAGCUCUUCGGCGGGGGCAUUGGCACUCCGUGUAUGACAUCAUCCAGAGGAGGGAGUCACCACAGAACCUGGACUAAAGGCUGUCUGUGAGGAGAGCACUGACAGAAUUAAAAAGCCAUUUUGGACUGACCAAUGUAGACAUUUUCAAAUAAAUGCAACUUAAAUGUUUAUAUCAAAACAUUUCGAAAGAUUUCGGACAUCACAGCAAUGUUGAGGGAAUUCUAUUUGAGUCAGAAAAAGAUACUCAUAUGACAGGUAAGAUAUACAAAACCUUGU